AUGAAGUAUGCAAUAUUUACGUUUGUUAUUCUAACUGUAUUGAUUCCAUCGGUAAUAAAUUUAGAAUGUUAUAUUUGUAAUUCAAAUGAUAAUGAAGAUUGUGCCAGUAAAAAUUUACCUGAUAAAUAUAUACAUAAUUGUGAUGUAAAUUUUGAACCUUAUUGUCGAACAAUCAUACAAACAAUUGAUGAAAAAAAAUCUAUUGUACGAACAUGUGGUUCAAAAGCUGGAUCAAAGUCAUGUUAUAAAACAAUCGGAAAGAAUACGGCAAAUGUUUGUUCAUGCAAUACUAAUCUUUGUAAUAAUGCAAUAAGUUUAAACCAACAACGACGAAUCAUAACAGUGAUUUCAUCGAUUACUAUUCUUGCAAUCCCAAUGAUUAUUCUUCGUUAA